CAAAGCCCCGAAUUUUCGCGAGUUCUGGCAAAAUCUCUCUCCCGAGAAGGAGACCUCUUAGUCGCCGAUUGAGCACAUCGUCUGCGAUUUGCUGAGCCGCGAUGAUGAUGACGCCUUGUUUCGGCAUCAUCAUGGUGGUCGGCCUGGCCGCCAUUGUGGCAGCCCAGCGCAACUCUGACCGACGUAAGUAGAGGGGGGACACACAGGCGCCGAACCGCCAUCCAUAUGCGUGAGUUUGGUCCUCUUUUGUGCAUAUGGAUGGCCGCAUGACUGAUGUGUGCCCACAGAGAUGUCGGUGGGCGAGGGGAGCUAUGGCCCCGACUGCGAGGAGGGGAAGGACUGCAGCGCUGACGUGAAUGGUCCAUGGGGUGGUGAGAUCUAUCACGAAUGGAAAUGAUCCAUGCAUGGCAUGUUUCUCUGACUUCCUCUGUAUGUGCAGGUGCGUCGUUUCUCGGCACUCAGGAGAUCCAGGCCAGAAACAACACCAAGAAGCACGGUGCGGCCAUCUGUGCGGGCAGGAGGAAGGGGCGGUGCCAAAAAAUGUGAAAACAUCCAGAUCUAUCCCUGUUUGUGUGUGCAGGUGUGAUGUUGAGUGCUGGUGAGCUGUCGAUGCUGCAGCAGAAGAUUCAGACCGGCAAGGCCAUGUUGCAUUCGGCCAUGAAACUCAAGGCCGAAGCCAACAGACUUGCCGGUUCCGCGAUCGAGGCCAUCGACAACGUCGUAGCGCAUCCCAUCACCAGCACGGGUGCGUAUGAGUGGACGUCGACCGAUCCAUCCAUCCAUCUAUCCCUUUUGUUUGGGUGGAUGUACAUAUCUGACAGGUGCAGCGUACAGCGGCACAUACGCAACAGCUGUCAGGGCCAGCCAGCCAGAGAAGGGUACGUGUCGCAGAUGGGUGAAAUGUUCCCCUCCCUCAUGGUUGGUAUUCCUUCUUUCCUUCGUAUUUGCUGCAGAUGAGUGUGAGGAGGACAAGGACUGCGGUGAGAACAAGUACUGCUUUGAGCCUAUUCAACGAGCCGAAGGAGACUCGUCAUACAAACGUCGCUGCAAGGCAAGCGGCAACCACCCUCCUCUCCGUUCAUCCCUCCACUCACGCACACAGUUCUGUCUGUCAUCGGAUGUCUGUGCUUUGCUGCAGAGGGCAGGCGACGAGGAUGACCGCUGCUAUGCCGGCUUCUUCAAGGACCCCAAGAAGUGCAAGUUUGGACUGUAUUGCGCUGAGUAUGUCUUCGACAAAGACCGUUGCACGUAGGUGAAGAGCACAACCAAUGGCGGCCACCCUCUGUGCACUUAUACAUACACGAAUGGACAGGAAGAUCAAGGGAUUCAUCAGGUUAGAGAGGCUUUGCUGAGCCGCAGGGGUAAUCUUGGACAUCCACCCACCGCUUGUGUUGCACUUGUCUUGAAUCCCGGGGCAGACUCGAGGGGCCGAGGGUCAAAGCCGUCGAUAGCAGCCAUCCUGCUUACAACAGUCAGCCAAAACACGCGACACUGACCCGUACGUAUCUGUGCGCGCGUCCGCCGUGCAGGCGAAUGCUGGAGGGCGUAUGGCGGCAGAACCCUGGAGAAGCUGUGUCCGGAGGGCAUGAUGUGCGCCAUCACCCGCGACAGAGGCUUCAACGAUAUGAAGCUGAAGCGGGCAGGCAUCUUCUGGGCGCUGGAAGGCAACUGCGUCCCCUUCGCCGAGCGGGCCGAGCACUGCGAGCACGUCAAGUGCACGGACCUGCUGAACUCGAACUACCAAGUGGACGGUGAGUGCGUGUGACGUCGUGAGCUGGGAGGUGGAGAUGGCUCGUGUGUCUCUACAGAUUACACCUGCACCAACUGGGAUGCGGGAGAGAGCCCCUUCCAUCACUGCAAGAGCAACAAGCCAUACACAGAGUCGGGUACGCAUGAGAUCCCUCCCUUCAUCCCUCCCUCGCUCCAUCAUGUCGAAGGGGCUUAUGGACAUGUUUGUUCCCUGCCUUGCUCGAAUUUCCGAUCGAAUGGAUGCUCUGAUGCGGCUGAUGCAGUUUGCCCUGCUCCUACGACGCGUCUCACCCCCAAGAACCAGGCCGGCAAGAGCCAGGGUCCGUGACUGAGCACAUGCGUGGGCUCAGUAGAUGCAUACAUAUGCAUGGCGUCUGUGUGUCUGUCUGUCUGUGUGUCGAAACAUUUCUUUGUCUGCAGGCCAAUGUCAGGUGAAGGUCGAGUUUGGUAGUAGAUACUACGUCGAGUGCGCUGCUGGCCUGGUGUGCGUCAUCAACCAAGAACAAGACAGCCGCUUCGCCGACUACAGCAUUGGCCAGUGCUUCGACCCGGCCGACGUCGCGUCGCAGUGCCGCAAGAGGGAGGACUACGACCCCAAGAAGGAGGGUCAGCCGGCCGCCGUAGCAGGUGUGUACGCGGACAACAGAUUCAGUCAUGCGACUGACGCGUGUCUUUUGCUGCUGUUAUCCACUAACAGAGUAUCGGACCUUUCAGACAAAGAAGUGCGAGUAUCUCUGGGUGCACCAGAGUGGUCGUCACCUCAAAAAGCCAUUCACCUUUUGCGCCGGUUCGCCUGCAAUGUGCCCCCUAGUCGAAUGACACACACACACACACACACACGCGCGCGUGGCGUGCCUUUCUCCGUUGUGCAGGCAAGGAAAUCUCAAAGACACGCCAGGCCUACAGACGUAUGCAUGUUGCGUCUCCGCCUAUACAUACAAAACACGCAUGCACGACAUUUCUGCCUGCCUGCCUGCCUGGUGGAUUCAUUGACACCUUUGCAUACGCAGCUUCCAGCUGUGAUAGCUUUGACAAGAAGGCCUUCAAGUUCGCUCCGGACGACCUCAAGGACCGGUAGGCGUCAAGACGAGCUGCACGAUGGAAGCUUCAUUCACAGCCAGCGCCUUCCUUGGUUGUAAUGCAUGGAUGCAGCUACUGCACGGGAGCAGACGACGACGAGAAUAAGCCGUGCGGCCCGAAGCGCUCUGGCUGCAAAUGCAACUCCUAUGGAACAGACUGUUCGGUAGGUGGCGCGCUUCCGUGUGUAUAUAUGGGGGUGUCACGGUGCAUAUAUUGUGGCCUGUCCGUCUGUGUGUGUGGAUGACUGCAUUCAAUGAGUGCAGAGCAGCCACGGCCGCAGCCGGUACGACGGGGGAGACAGUGGCGACGAAUCCGGUCCCUGGGGCGACCCCAACGACCCCUCCAACAUCUACUGGGACUGAUGAGGUUCCAUCCACCAGACACACACAGACACACACACACACACACUAAUUCUAAUUGGUAGCCCCUAGCCAACACACGCGCACCUGACUCGCUGCAUGUUAAGCAACCAAUCACACACACGCGGGGAUACAUACGACCUAUGCCUAGACUUGCCUUGUGAAUGGUCUGCUUACAUAUGAUUUGCUCUAUGUGGCGCCUGCCGGUGUAUGUAUGUGUGAGUGUGUGUGUGUGUCUGGCUGCUGGCAUUGGGGCCUGUCUCGCGUGUGUUUUGCCGUCCUGUUAGCCAAUCAGUGGCGUGCAUGGGCGUGGCUGCAUAUUUCGUUGACAAGAGAGGGACACGGCACGACACCCACCCACUCGCCCACACCAGGACACUCUCUGCCUCUCUCCCAUGCCCACGUCUGCCCGCUCGUUUGUCUGUCUGUCUGCCUGUGUGAUUGAUUGAGUUUAAUACGUGAGGGACACACACCUACGGACGAACAGACGGACGAAUGGCUCUCAACUUACUGAUCGAUAUGUCUGUGUGUAUGUCCCCACACACAUAUCCACCCAUCCACACGUGUGUAUCGAUCGAAAACCACCGAAUCCAUGGGGAGCUCUGAUGAAUGAGUGCACUGGGCUUCAUGGACCGAAAGGACAUGGGCAUGACCGUAGGUAGGAUUCUU